AUCAGAGCCAUAAUCGAACAAUCAAGUUCGGUGAUGAGUGUUGAAAUUUCAGCCGAUCACCAAAGCUUUUUUUUUACUACGUUGCAACCUUUGAGAUUCUCCAGUAGCUGAAUCUAAACCCUCAUCAAUCAUUUCUUAUGCUGGAGUGGAGGAAAGGGAAAGGGAACCCAUUCGUGAGGGGAAUAAGAUCGAGGUUAAUAAGGCCAAAAUCGAUGCCUUUGAAUGUAGUCAAUGAUCGUGAUGGAUCCUCCCGUAUUAUUUUGACCGACCCAGGCGGAUCAUCUGCUGAGGUGCUUCUGUAUGGAGGACAAGUGGUUUCUUGGAAGAAUGAAAGAAGAGAGCAGUUGCUUUAUAUGAGCAGCAAGGCGCAAUUGAAGCCACCUAAGGCGAUCAGGGGAGGGUUACCUGUCUGUUUUCCACAGUUUGGAAAUUUGGGUGCUCUUGAGCGGCAUGGAUUUGCCCGGAACAGAUUCUGGUCAUUUGAUAACGAUCCUUCACCUCUGCCUCCAGCUAACCAGCAAUCAACUGUCGAUUUAAUAUUGAAACCUACUGAAGAUGAUUUGAAGACAUGGCCUCACAGCUUUGAACUUCGUGUUCGCAUAUCUAUCAGUCCUGGCAAACUUACUAUAAUCCCGCGUGUGAGGAACACCGACCUGAAGGCAUUCUCCUUUAUGUUUGCACUUCGUAACUACUUAUAUGUAUCCGACAUAAGUGAAGUUCGGGUUGAAGGCUUGGAAACACUUGAUUAUCUAGACAACAUGAUGCGUAGAGAAAGAUUCACCGAGCAGGCAGAUGCAAUAACCUUUGACGGUGAGAUUGAUAGAGUGUACUUGAACGCGCCGACAAAGAUUGCAAUCAUAGAUCAUGAGAGAAAGAGAACUAUCGAGUUGCGCAAGGAAGGCAUGCCGAAUGCAGUUGUGUGGAACCCUUGGGGCAAGAAGGCAAAGAGUAUUGCUGAUAUGGGGGAUGAGGAUUACACAACAAUGCUUUGUGUAGAUUCUGGUGCUAUAGAAACCCCAAUUCUGUUGAGACCAUGUGAAGAGUGGAAAGGCAGGCAAGAACUCUCUAUCGUCUCAUCAAGCUACUGCAGUGGUCAGCUCGAUCCACGUAAGGUUCUUUACGGGGAUCAUUGAUAUCAUCAUAACAUAUAUAUUUAUAGAUAAAAAAAACCAUACUUGGAUUGGAAACAUCACUAGUUUUAUAUUUAUAAUCGUCUUCGUGGAGAAAGCGAUGAUGCUCAAGCAAAUCUGAUAAUGAUUUGGUUGGAGCUAUUGCUCUUUUCAAGUUUCUGACUGACACACAGAGAGAUUGGCAAAUGUAGUAUUUGUGUAACGUUGCCUUGUGUGUGACGGUCGAUAAUACAUCGGUCUUAAUAUACUGAACCGUCUUCUUCAUGGAACAGUGUGUAUUCUUCAUCGAAACGUUUUACAUAAGUCACUAGAGGUUCUUAUUCCUCCUUGCUGCUCUUGUCUGUAAUUGUAAAGGUCACUCUUGUAUUGCCAUCGGGUCAGGUUAACUGAAACUAUGUUAUUCUGGUCAUGUUAACCGGAAA